GGAGAAGCCAGAGCAUUUGGCUGAAGGGUGGAGACUCAGAGCAGGAGUGAGGAGGGAGAGAGGCAGGGAGGAUCUCAGCUGGAGCAGAGAGAAGAGAGAGCGGUGUGUGUCGCGUUUGGAUCUAGGCGCCAGCUUUGCUGACUGAUUGACGGACUGUGUGUGUGUUUGUGUGUGUGACAGAUAGAGAGGAAAUUGCGUGGAAACUACUCAGGGCUGGAGAGGUUCGGCAUCACCGGAGGAGACGCACACGCACGCACCAUAAAAGAUACUGACUGACUGUACUGCAGGCGGACACCGGGGGCAGUGUGUGGACACGUGACCAGACAAGACACAGCACACCCGACCUGACAGACGGACAGACUGACAGUGCCCAUGGCGAGCAAUAACACGGCCAGCAUCGCACAAGCCAGGAAGCUGGUGGAGCAGCUGAAGAUGGAAGCCAACAAUGACAGGAUAAAUGUGUCAAAGGCAGCCGCUGACCUGAUGUCAUACUGUGAAGCCCAUGCCAAAGAGGACCCUCUGUUAUCGCCGGUGCCGGCAUCAGAGAACCCCUUCCGGGAGAAGAAGUUCUUCUGUGCCAUUCUGUAAGCCCGGCAUGGCCCCUCAGCCGUCUGCUCCGUGUGGGACUUUUGAACAUGGACGUUCAAAAAUACAUAGAAAUCUUCUAGUAGGAGGGCACGGUGAUUUUUGCCCCUUCCUUUGGUCGAACGGCACCUUAAGAGUGCACCAAUUAAAAACCACAGAGUUAACAUGUAAACAAUUAAAGGGGAUGUGAUUGCGUUGUCAGGGGGGUGUUGUCGCAUGUUGAAAGGGUCUGUGCAUUUUUUUAAGAUGAAACAAAAGGGAUGAAAGUGAUGAUGUUGAUGAUGAUGAUGAUGAUGAUGAUGAUGAUGAUGAUGAUGAUGAUGAGUGUGUAGAGACCCUGAGUGAUGGACGACCAGUCAACCCAAAAAGUCUUCAGGUUGCGAUGUGUAUGAAACAAAACAAGUUAAAAAAAAAGUUGAUAAAAUGAGAAUUAAAAAAUAUUUUGUGAUUCUUUUGGAACAUUCUGUUAAAUGACCUGUGAGUGGAUGCAGCGCCGUAGGACAGAAAAACAAAAACACGCCUUCCACUAGAUGCCACAUGAUUAUUGGAAUGUCUUUAAUUUGUCUUGUUUACGUUUAUUCCAACUUUACCAAUCACUUAAAUAUCUUUCUAUACCUGUAUGUAAUUUCUGAAAAAGCUCUUCUUACUUUUUUUUUUUUUUUUUUUUUUUAACACCAAUGGGUGAGUGAGCGCUUUUUUAACGGGACGUUUCAAAUAUUCAUCUGUGUGAUCCUCUUUACAAAUACCUUUCUGAAAACCAGUCUGUGUGUAUCCUCAUCUAUCUGGCAAAUGUGAUACAGUUUGUCUCCUUCAGAUACAAACCCUCUUUCUACUCUUUGUACAAAAUGACUAGCAAGUAAAACUGUGCUGUGCUGUGAGUUCUGAACCUUUGUGUUUGUAUCAUUAUCUAUUGUAUGUAAUGAACAAGCGGACGUCUCUCUCUCUCUCUCUCUCUCUCUCUGUUUUCUUUUAUGGUGAGAUUGUAUUGAACGGCCGUCGGCCUCCGUGUGGAAAUGCCAGGAGAAAUUAAAACCAAAUGGACACUUAA